AUGCUUCACGUUGUCCUCUUCAAGACCGACGCAAAGAAGUUUGCGAAGGAGUUCCCUGGAAGCUCGCUCGAGGAAGCCAUCGAAUCACUGCACCAGGCCAAAAUCCCCGGCCUUGUCGAUUUUAGCAUACGUCCCAAGAAUAGCAACCCCUGGCCAGGCUACCAGGAUCACUCGCAAGGCUACACACACGCAUUGAUAUCGAGUCAUGCGAGCGCGAGCGCGCUGCGCACCUACGCUGAGCAUCCAGCGCACAAGGCGCUGCAGGUGCGCCUCCUCAAGUGUGUCACGGCGCCGCCUCUCCGUAUGGAGCUCGAUAUUCACCCCAACCUGUGA